CGCUGGGUACUUUUGCAUUCGCCCCCCUGGUCCACGCCUCGAGCGUCACUCCAGCGCAACUAAAUCACCGCACGCAAACUCCCCAAUCCUCUUCCUCUCCCCCAACGAUCCUCUCCUCCGAUCCAAUCCCAGAUCGCCCUCGGUCCAACCUCCAAUCCAGGGCCUCCCCCUCUCACCCCAAAUCGAUGGCAUCCCGUCCAUAUAAACAGCCGGCGGGGUGGCGUCCAUCGCACUGGAGCCAUGGCAGGCGGAGCAGAGGGCGGAGGAGCGAAAUCCGGCGAUGGCAAGCUAGUCAAGGCCGCCGCGACGGCCGGCGGCGCAGCACGCGACCGCGGCGGAUCUGGUUCUAGGGGCCCCGUCCGUGCGCGUCCAGGCAGGUUCCGACCGUGGUCGCCCUCGCCCUCGUACGUCAGUCGGUGGCGUCGGUUCGGUGUCGGAGCCAAGAUUGUCGACCCGGAUGAGGAUGUAGUGGGUGAUGGUGAAGCCGGUGUUGUGGCUAACCAGGACGGCGCGGCGGCAGGUGCUGGGCAAGAUGGCACGGCAGCAGGAGUGCGUCCUGGUGCUGACCAGGAUACCGCGGCUGCAGGUGCUGGGCAUGUCGCCGAGAAGACCAGCAAGUAGUACUAGCUCUGUCCUCUUCUCCAUGGGCAACAUCGGCCUCAUGUUCCUCUUCUCCAUGGGCAAUGUCGGCCUCAUGUUCUACAUGAAGACACCAUCAGGAUUAGCUACAGUAUGCAGAAGAAUUGAACAUGUGCAUAUGGUCAAGAUGUACCAUGGUUCAUGUUCAGAUCGAAGUGAU